GAACGGGCGCGGAAGGGAAGCGGCGCGGCGUGUCCGGAGCGGGACCGGCCCCGCGGCGAUGGUGCCGGACGAGGCGCCGCAACCCGGGCCGGGGUCACCGCGGGGCAGCGCUGCGGCCGAGGGCGCCGCCGGCAGGAAGCAGCGCGCCUUCGCCCGGAGGAAGGCCUUCUCGCUGUUCGUCCAAGCGCGGGAGGUGCCGGGCGCUGCCGUGCGGUGGCGGUGCUGCCGGCUGGCGUUCGAGGAGCUCUCCGGCAUCCACCGGCAUGUGGCUCUACAACACGGCGGCGACAUCGGGCGGCAGGCGGAGCAGGCGGAGCAGGCGGCCGCGGAACGGAGCCCCGCGGGCGGCCCGGGUCCCGCGGGCGCGGCGGACGGGCCCGGCGGGCGCUCCCGCGGCGACCCCGAGAUCCACUGCGCGCUCCCGGACACGAGCCGCGUCAGCCACGGCGACCUGACCAGCAAGGUGGGAGAAGUCCUUCUGUAUUACUGCUACUGUGAGGUGAAGGAUCCAGAGAAACUCUGUGCUUGGCAAAAGGCUCUGUGCCAGCAUCUGCAUCUCACUGGCAAGGUACGAGUUGCUUCAGAAGGGAUUAAUGGGACAGUUGGUGGAAGCAAAGUAGCUACGAAUCUCUACAUUGAAGUUAUGCUUUCCCAGCCUCUGUUCAAAGACAUUUUGUGUCGAGAGGAUUUCAAGAGCAGUGCAGGAGGAGCUCACUGUUUCCCAGAUCUUCGAGUUGGAGUAUUCAAAGAAAUUGUACCUAUGGGCAUUGAUCCAAAGAUAGUGUCUUAUAAAGAAACUGGAAUCCAUUUAUCCCCUCAGGAAUUUCAUAGAGAAGUAGAACAGUAUUUGGCUCAGGCAAGUCAAGGAGAAAGUGAUACCAUCUUGCUGGACUGCAGGAACUUCUAUGAAAGUAAAAUAGGACAUUUCCAGGGCUGUCUGGCUCCAGAUAUCAGGAAGUUCAGCUAUUUUCCCAGCUACGUAGAUGAAAACCUCGAGCUUUUUAAAGACAAGCGCGUCCUGAUGUACUGCACAGGAGGGAUCCGUUGCGAAAGAGGCUCUGCUUACCUACGGAGCAAGGCAGUGUGCAGAGAGGUUUACCAACUAAAAGGUGGAAUUCACAAGUACCUGGAAGAGUUUCCAGAUGGAUUCUACAGGGGGAAGCUGUUUGUGUUUGAUGAUCGUUACGCCAUUUGUUCCAAUGAGGAUAUCAUCUCAGCUUGCAGAUACUGUGGCACGCUGUGGGAUCAGUAUACACUUUGUUCCAGCCAGCACUGCCGGCAGCUUGUCCUGACAUGUCCAAGUUGUCGCAACAAAGGUCUUACAGCUUGCUGUCCUGUUUGUCAAGAGAAAGAGCUCAAGGUGACUUCAAGGGCUUCAGGACAGACACUUAAGGAGGAAUGUGAAUGUACAAGCAGACGGCCAAGGGUACCAAUUGAACAUGUCUCACAAAGGAUGCUCGACACAGGAAAAGAUUAAUCUGUUUCGCUAAUGUGAAGGGCUUCUAUACCCAGAUCCCUAUCUGUUACUCAGUCAGGUUUGGAUAUCAUGAAGAUGUUUUGGCUUGGAAAGUCUUGUUCAUAUGCUGCCUUUAAGCCUAGAGUAUGCCCUGAAAACCAUCCAUUACUUGACCAUAAAUUACCAGAGUGCCCAACCCAUCACCAGCACUACAGGAUUUUUCUCACUGGGCAUAGUAUUGUACUGUGGCCUCUACCAUGGGGAUUUUGGAGCAGAGCAUGUGCGAUGGGGCACAGCUGCUCACAAUUCAAAAGAGGCUGAAGUGACAUAAAAACAAUUUCAUUCUUUUCCUCCUGCAUGGAGAUGGAUCUGUCUGACCUCCCCAUGAUUGUGCAUUUGCUUCAGUAGUUAGUGCUAGGGUGUGAAAAUGGGAUGUAUCAGUUGGAUGCAGGUGUGUGACCAGAUUAGAGCUGAAGAUGUUUUCCACACAAACGCCAUCUGCCUGCAUCUCUUGCUUUACACCAGUUAGAACUGAGGGGAAGUUACCUGAAGUCACUGACCUGACUCCUGUGUAAAACUGGCUGAAGGCAGUGUAAGGACCCCCCCUUGUAGCUGGUGCAAAGGCCCACAGAUCCACUUGGGUGUGACCUGUAGGAUGAACAGCAAAACUAAUCCUCAUUCCAGUGCUCUGUCUCCCAGGAAUUGUUUCCCUCAACUUGUUGGUACGUGAAAUAUCCAGGGCUCAGCUCUGCUUGCUCUAGAAAAAAUUGAUAGCUCAAAGCAUGUUGAAACUGAGAUGCACAGAGAGGGGAGCACAGAGACUGUCAAAAUACCAGCAUUAGGACACUGAAGUGAUGCUGACAUGCAUAAAUGCCAGCAACGGUGAUAAGGAGAUGCAGGAUCCUUUAACCAAGUUAAAUAAUUCAAGAUUUGGGGAGCACCCAUGCUUUGUAAAUAUGGGUCGAGUUUUUCAAAAGCUGUGAGAUAUUUAUGCAAUUUCCAGCUCCUAUUAGUGGAGAAAUUGUCUUUGAAUUUGAAGGGAUCCACAGCGUGUGAGCUUCAAAAUACUUCUCUGCCUGAUGCUUUGUGUGCCUGAUGCUGUAGAAUGUAAAGAAAGGUUUUAUUAAUAGUGUAGAAGAUGUGUCUUAACAGAAAAAUGUCUUUGAAACUUUCUGUCACUCUUGGUACUAAAUAGGCAUUCGGAAAUCAAAGUAACUUACUGGUUUGUUGGGGAUUUUUACUGGCAACUACUUUUAGAAGCAAGAAAAUGGUUUACUCAGGUUUCUGCAGUUGCUUAAUGACAGGGCAAUGUUAGUUUCAUAUAGAUUGUAACUUUCUCCCCCAGUGUUAUUAAUUCAGCAGGGCCUCGUUGUUGGCUUGACUAGCAACUUAAUGACAUGGGCAUUGGUUCAUUAAAGCCAUGGCAAGCAUUUCUUCUUACUUGCAGUAUCUAUCGCUACUGUGAAAUCAAGAGUUCAGCACUUUUCUUUAUGACCAUUCCUCUCAUGACGCAAAGCUUCAAAGCUUAUGGAUGUCUCCUUUGGGAAUCUUUCUAGGACGGUAUUUAACAGUUAAUCUGUGCACAAUCCAUACUGGAGAAGAAAUUGGAAAAUUCCCAUCAGUAGACAUCUUCAGUAGAAGUGGAGGCAGUACCCGUGGUCCCCUGGCAUCUUGCCUCCCAGGCUUUGCUGGCCAGUUAACCUCUGUGCUUUUGAGGACUGGAAUAUUUCUGGAAAAACAUGCAAGGUCUACUUGGAGGCCUGGUCUAGAGCACUGAUGGGAGUGCCUCAACCUGCACAGUAUGCUCUCUCUUUCCUUCGUAUAUUAGGCUAAAAAGAACACAUUUUUAUAAUUCAGUAUAUCAGCAAAUCUGGAACACUGUAACCUAUUUGGAAGGCUGUUUCUAUAUCACUUAUCAGUGCAGACUGGCAACAACUAUAUUUUAUAUGUAAACUUCUGAAACUCCUAUGAUGAUAAAUAACCUUAGUGCUUCCAUCAUAAUUUUUGAAGUACUGCACAAAUACACUUCACGUGUAUAUUGGAGGUGCUUAGUUCUGCAGAGGUAAAUGCUGAGACCUGGCUAGCUGUCUGCCACGUGGCAGACCUGGCUAGAAGCUACAACAGUGCUGGGAGCUGGAGAUUCUACCUCAAAGGCAGCGGGGCACCACGGGGCCUGUCCUCGUCCUUGCUGCGCUAAGGCAAGGGAGCUGAAGGGUUUGAGAGGUAGAGGCACAUACAGCCAGGUUUCCUGUGCUGCAGAGAGGGGAGAGAGCUAAGAGCCAUCUUGAGCCUUCCUCUCACAAGUUAUCCCAUAAGCAGCGCCUGUCUCCUGGCUUCUGGACUAGUUUUUGUCGGAUUAAUACAAAUAAGGCUUUGCCACGUGAAAUGCUGUGUGCUGGGAUCCAGGCAGGUCAGUGGUGAUGCCUGAGAGGAGGUGUGUUAGCUCCAGGAGAGGCGAGAGUUAAACAGGAUCGGCUGUGAGUGCCAGGUGCUGCAGUCAACAGAUGACUCUUUCCCCUUUUCCUGGAGAGCCGCUGCGACAAACAGUGAUCCAUUUUCUCCUAAAUACCACCAUUUUGUAGCUCCACUGCUGCACAGCUUGAUGCCUCCCAGAAAGCCCGAUGCCUCCCAGCACAGCCUGUCUCUGCUGCACAGCUCUCAGCUCUCCAGAGCAUCCUUCAGCAAAGCAGCUCUAUAAGGAUCAGCAGAGAAAACCUGAAGAGAUCCUGCCAGCUUAAUGUAUGUGUGGGCUGCAUGGUUACUUUGGAUGCUGCUACAGUAAAACAGGACAACAUUCUCACCCUUUUUUUUUUGGAUUUCGGGGCUAUUUUUUUUCAUUCAGGAAAAAAAAAUGCUGUUGUAGUAUCCAUGGUAGUGCUCCCUGCUCUGCAGAUGCGUCUCCUUACGUGUCUGGGUUUCUCAGGGCCAUCACAGGAUUUCCCAGGAUGAGAUUAAAACUUAUGUUCUUCUGAAGCAAAUGGAAUAGCUGAGCCUGUAUCACACACAUGGCAGUGCAUGGCUCAGCUGAAAUGCUGUGGCUCUGGUUUGAUGAUUUAGGUGACCAUGCAGAAGCCUGUGCAGUACGUAUGGCAGAAAGAGGCUGUCUGCCAGUUUCUUCCUUUUUUUUUUUUUUCUUUAAAUAUGUUUUCAAGUAUUUUUCUUCUGUACUCUUUUCAUUUUCUUAUAUGGAGCUUGCAGGGUGGGGGGAAGAAGCUAUAGCGAAGCAUUUUAUUUGACACCACUGACGCAUUUAUUAAGAUUUGAAGAGCAACAAAUAUGUUUCCUACAUUGCUGAAAGUACGGUGUUUCCCUGCUCUGUUGGUCAGAGCUACAUCAUGGGUGGUAUUUGCACAGCAGCUCUGAAGAAAUGUGUGGGACUUUUGCUGGAAUAUGUGUAAAACUCUGCAAAACUUCACUCUUAACAGAAGUGCACAGACAUUUCUAGCAAGUGAGAACCUUUUCUAGGACAUGUUGUCAUCAGACCAAGAAUAAGGCUUCAGUACAGCAAUGCUUCUGCCAGGAGGCUCUUCCUACCAAGCAGCAUCCCACCCACAUUAACAGCAGGAGUUUUGGAUGGGAAAGGGCCCUGUCCAAUCCACUGCACACCAGGGAGCUGCGAAAGCCUGAGGGGAAUUCCUCCCAGGCUAGGUGAUGAGUAGGAGGCCCCCAAAAUCUGUCAGAGUGUAUGCGGUGUAAGUGCAGCUCUGGAGUAUCUUACCGAACAGCUUUUUUAGGGGACAGCAUUUGUUGUUGUGUUUAUGCAGACAUUAGGGGUGGCAGUAAAAGAAACAAUCCCUAGCAGAACAAAAUGUAAUUAAUGGGCAUGGCCAUCUACACAAACUGGUAAAGAGCAAGAAUUUUACUCACGUCAAACCGAUGUCUGGGCACAUGGUUUUAACAUCAGGAGACUGAAGGGAGUGGGGAUUAGAAGAGAGGGCUCAGGUUUGCUGAUUAGUUAUGCCAUCUCUGUGGGGUAAGGAUUUGCAUCACAGCUCUAGAAGUGACUGCUGUCUUCAGACAUGCACAGGAUAGAAGGAUAUUAACCCAUUCUAAACAGCUCAAUUUUUGAGACUGUGUUAUAAUUGGUGGCCUUAAGUUCCAUUUAAUCAGGGGGUGUAGAUCAGUUUUUUCUAAGAAACACAGGGAUGCAUUUGAAACAGCAUCUCCAACUAAUUCGCUGAGCACAUGUCAGUAAAAAGUUGUAAUUCGCAUUCUUGAAAUCAGCCAUGUUUCCAGGUAGUAGAAGUGCUUGUUAAACUAGUUACUCCUCUGUAGUCACUUGAGAUCAAUUUGGGAAAAAAAAAAUAAAGUAUUUUUUUAAUACUUCUAUAA